AUAACAGUAGGAGAAAUGAAGUCUUACCACAAUUUCCUGAAGGAGUGCACAAAACUGGAGAAGAUGGCUGGGACAGAUGAAAUCAUGCAACAGGAGAUCAGGCCUCUCGUUGCUGUGGAUAUCAUAGAGCAGCUUCACCGGCAGUUUGCUAUCUUGUCAGGAGGAAGAGGGAAAGACGGGGCACCAAUCAUCACUUUCCCUGAGUAUGCAGGUUUCAGUGAGAUCCCCGAGGAGGAUUUUCUGAAUGUUGUGACAUAUUUAACUAGCAUUCCCAGUCUGGAGGCUGCCAGCAUCGGGUUCAUCAUCGUCAUCGACAGACGGCGGGACAAAUGGAGCGCGGUAAAGGCAUCCCUCACACGAAUUGCUGGAGCAUUUCCCGGGAAUCUGCAGUUGGUCUUCGUCCUGCGGCCAUCCCGUUUCAUCCAAAGGGCAAUCGCUGACAUUGGCAUCAAACUGUAUCACAAUGACUUUAAAAUGAAGGUACCGAUCAUCAUGUUAAACUCGGUUUCUGACCUACAUGGUUACAUCGACAAAAGUCAGCUUACCCGGGAAUUAGGGGGAACCUUGGAAUAUGGACAUGGUCAGUGGAUACACCAUCGGACUGCCAUUGAGAAUUUUGCCAUGACAGUGAAAACCACAGCGCAGAUGUUACAGACUUUUGGGACGGACUUGGCAGAGACAGAACUCCCCAAUGAUGUGCAGUGUACAGAGGAGCUCCUGUCUUCCCACACGGAGCAGCACCACAAGCUGAAGGACGAGCUGAAACUUGCGGUGAAGCAAGGGGCCACGCUGUUGACUUGUAUCAGAGAGCCUGUCACACGAAGUGCCACCAGCAAACUGAGCCCGGACGAGCUUGAAAACGUGGCAACUGUGGAAAGGUUGCUAGCUCAGUUGGAUGAAACAGAGAGAGCCUUUGAUCAGUUCUGGUCCAAGCACCACCUAAAACUUGAACAGUGCUUGCAGCUCCGACACUUUGAGCAGGAUUUCAGAGAGGUCAAACUGGCCCUGGACAACCUGAUGGAAGUGCAAGCAGGUUUCACGGAUAUAGGAGACAGCAUCUCCCGUGUGGAGCACAUUCUGAGGGAGCGGAAGCAAUUAGAAGAGAGAGGACAGGAGCCCUUGGAAAAAGCCCAGUCCUUAGCGCUCCUUGGAGACCAGCUGAUUCAAAACAACCAUUAUGCAAUUGACUCCAUUAGACCAAAGUGUGUUGAACUCAGGCGUAUCUGUGAUGACUUUGCCAAUGAGAACAAGAAAAAUUAUGAUAUUUUAGGGAAGUCGCUAGAAUUGCACAAGCAAUUAGAUAAGGCAAGCCAAUGGUGUGAAGCUGGAAUCUACCUCUUAGCUUCCCAAGCAGUAGACAAGUGCCAGUCACAAGAGGGAGCUGAAACCGCUCUAUGUGAUAUAGAGAGAUUCCUGGAAACCACCAAGGAUCACCAGCUGUUGAACGCAAAGGAGUUCUACAAUCAGUUUGAUAUGAUUCUCACCCCAGAGAUAAAGAGCAAUGCCCAAAGAGUUCUACAAAAACUAGAAGAUGUACAAGAAAUGUUUGGCAAGAGGCAAGUUAGCCUGAAGAAGUUGGCAGCAAAGCAGACCCGGCCAGUGCAACCCGUUGCCCCGCAUCCUGAGUCAUCCCCAAAGCGAGCCUCUCCCAAAAGCAUCCGACCAGCCACUUUAGCUGCCAACAGGAGAUCAGCAGAAAUUUCUAGUCCUCCCAAAUCCAUCUCUGAAGCAGACUUAUCAAAAAAGAAAAGCAUAAAGAAGACGAAAGGUGGAAUUAAGAUUGAAGUGAUGCAUGAAGCAAGUCAGGGAGGUUCCAGCAGAGUCUUAGUGAUGAGCGAAAGUGAAGAAAAUCUUUCCACCAGGAGGAGCCAUAUAAUAAAUGAACUGAUAGAAACAGAACGGGUUUAUGUAGAGGAACUUCAAAGCAUAAUAGAGGGCUAUUCAUCUGAAAUGGACAAUCCUGAUUUAAUUCAUUUGAUCCCAACGGCGGUUUCAAACAAGAAAGAAGUACUUUUCGGAAACCUCUCAGAGAUUUACGAAUUUCACAACAGAAUCUUCCUCAAAGAGCUGGAAAAUUGCAUUGAAAAUCCAGAGCUUCUUGGUCGGUGCUUUUUAAAAAGAAAAGAAGAUCUCCAAAUAUAUGAAAAAUAUUGUCAAAACAAGCCAAGGUCAGAAGCUCUCUGGAGACAGUGUGGAGACAGUAUCUUCUUUCAGGAAUGUCAGCGGAAACUGGACCAAAAACUCUCACUUGAUGCUUAUCUCUUGAAGCCAGUCCAGAGGAUUACUAAAUACCAGCUGCUUUUAAAGGAAAUGCUGAAAUGCAGCAAGAAUUCGGAAGGCACUGCUGAACUAGAAGAAGCUCUAGCCACAGUGCUUGAUAUCAUCAAGUCGGCGAAUGACUCCAUGCACCAGAUAGCAAUUACGGGUUAUGAGGGAGAUGUGCAUGAGCUUGGCAAAUUGCUACUGCAAGGCUCCUUCAACGUUUGGACAGAUCACAAAAAGGGUCACAACAAAGUAAAAGAUUUAGCCAGGUUCAAGCCAAUGCAGAGGCAUCUCUUUCUAUAUGCAAAAAUCCUCCUCUUUUGCAAAAAGCGGGAAGAAAAUACAGAUGGCCACGAGAAGACUCCUUCGUACAGCUUCAAAAAUUCUCUAAAGAUGAGCACCGUUGGUAUUACUGAAAAUGUUAAAGGUGAUAACAAAAAGUUUGAGAUCUGGUACAACGGCAGAGAAGAAGUCUAUAUUAUUCAGGCUGCUUCUGUGGAGCUGAAGAACACUUGGGUUUCCGAGAUUAGAAAAGUCCUGACGGGCCAACUGGAAGCUUGCAGAGAGGCAAGCCAACUGCACCAAAGAAUCACUGAGAGUGUGUAUCAUGCACCAAUGAAUUCAGUCAACUCCUCCAGGUAUGGCAGGAAGUCAAUGAGUUUGUGUGAAAACAAAUCGGACCUUUCAAGCCUGGAGAUGUCUAAUAAUCGGGACCGGAACAUCAGCCCCAGUGCCAGACAAAAAAGAGAUCCAGAAUCUAAAGAGAGAGAUGUAAACCGCCGCUUUUCCUUAGCUUCCUCCAUCAGCACCACAACUAACACAUCUGCUCUAACCAAAGGUACAGUCCUGCUAACACUUAGCUGCCUUCCUUCCUCUGUUGACAUUGGUACAAAAGCGGUGGCACUGAAACCUUCCAGCUUGAACCUACAGUCUGUUCUGCAAGACCAAGAGGAGAAAGGGUCAGGCGCAAGACCUCCGAUAUGGAGCUGCACCACCAGGAUAUGGCCCCAGUGAAGCAAGAGGGAACAGUCUUGAACUGCAAGCAGAUACGCAUAAUUCCAAAGCCUGCUGCGGAAACACUCACUACAUUUCUGAGAAAAGGACUCACCUUCUUACCUGGCUUGAGCUCAUUGGGAAGGGAGUUGUUCUUUUGGUUCGGAGCAGAAUCUGAAUAGUGCUGAUUGGUUGGCUCUUUUGUCAAUCAUGAAGCACCCACCCCCAGCUUCAAAACUGGGCUUUGCACAGUGCUGAGUGGCUAUCUCCUGAAUCCCUAUCCCGUCUAAGAGCUGUUUUCAAAAUGUGUGUGUGUGACAGAGGGAAAUCUAAAAAUAAUAACCAAGCCCUGUACAAAUGUAUAUGUUGUGAUGGAGGUGCAAUUGAAGAGGAGGAAGAAGACUGUGUUCUGUGAUCUUGCUGCUUCUUACAGUAUGCCAUUUGGUUAUUGCAGCGUAUUAGGGGGUAUUUCUGGUGAUUCGUGGAUGGAUUUCCAUCAAAAUAUUUCCAGAUAAAAAAUGGUAGUUCCAUGUGAUGUGAAAUCAACAUUGAGCAAACUUAAGUGGGUUAAAAACACCCCAAGGGAAAUGUAGCAUUUAUCAACUUGAGUUCUUUCGGUCAAAAUAUUAGCAGACAUGGAGAGCAUAUCAUCCAUUGCUGGGGUAUUUGCCUGUGAUCAGAUGAAAUGAUGAGUUUCAUGCCUUCAAAUUGUCAGGUGUUAGCUAUACUUCUCAUGUUAACCCAAACUUGUCACAGUGGGCAUCAUACAUGUGUUAGAAGGUGUGGCAGUAUUAGGUAUAAGUCUACUCUUGUGUGUGUUCUGCUUUCCUUUAGAAUUGCAGAUAAUCAAAAAAUGCAAGGCAUUUGGUGAUUUUGUGGCAAAGCACAGUAUGUUUUUUCCCCUACCAUCUUUGCAAGCUAACUUUUAAAAAAUAUUAGAAUCACUUCAUUAGUAAUUGUGUAUGCUAAGGUAAGCUAGACAUUGCCCUCUAUUGCUAAAACCUGUUCCUUUCCAUGCCAAGAAAGCAGUGUGAACAUCUAACUGUAUUUCGAUUCUUGUCAUCUGCAAACUUCACACAGGUCCCCUUGUUCCUGCAGUUAAAGUCAAGAGGCAUGAAAUUAAAAGCGACCCAACUCCUCUGGGUUUCGAAGGUACACAUCUAUAGACUUGAUGCAUGAGCCACUUUGUUGGCAGUCCUUUGAUUGUAUCACUGAUGGAACACUCAUACUUUCAUCAUCACUAGCACAUUACAUGUGGGAGAGAGCAUAUGGACUUCUGAAUCAGUGUAUCAGAUCAUUUUCAGUUUCUGGAAGAACCAUUUGUCAUCAUUUCAUUACCUGUUCCGCAUGUGUCUGAUCUGCCUGCCAAGUUCCAGUUAGGGCAAGGUUUUAUAUAUAUAUUGGUGGCAAUGGGUGGGGAGGAAUUUCAUAAUCUUUUCCCAGCGCUAGGACUGGACUUUGUUACUUCAGCAGUGGGCUGGGCUGCAACUUCCUCUUCAGUUCAUUCCAAAUGAAGAUCAGAGUUAAAACUGAAGCAGAGAGAAAAAAUUUAAAUAACCCCUUACCUGUCAAGUACUGUGUGAAAAAUGAACCAAACGAGAAGGUCUUACACGUUUCUGGAACAAUUGCUAUCAUUCCAUGCAUUCCACUUUUUAGUAAAAAAACAAAGGGCCUCAGAAUGGGUAACAGAAACAUUAACAUUACCAAAACAACAACAUCCACACAGCAACAGACCAUUUGAAAUGCAAAACACUAAAGCCAGCAUCAAGAUAACAUUCACAAUAAUAAAAAUAAUUAACAAAAAUGAUAGCAGGCCCCACAAUCACUCCCAGU